CCGGUCACGUGACCUUCCUCGACUGGCGUUUGUGCGACAGCUGAGUAGCAGCUAAAACGCGGUAUCUUCUUUUUCAAUGGUAACGUUUGAGCCUUUAAACCACACUGACGGCAACUUGUGUAUUAUGGGAGACAAGAAGAGUCCCACAAGGCCGAAACGGCAGCCGAAGCAGCCGCCCGCCGACGAUGGCUACUGGGACUGCAGCGUCUGCACCUUCAGGAACACCGCCGAGGCGUUCAAGUGCACGAUGUGCGAUGUUAGGAAAGGGACGUCAACCCGAAAACCACGGCCUGUUUCCCAGUUGGUCGUACAGCAAGUAAAUCAGCAAUUUGCACCGCCGCCCACGCUGCUCAAAAAGGAGAAGAAAGAAAAAUCGGAGAAGAGCGACAAAGAACUCACAUUGAGGAAGAAAAGCUUAAAAAAGAUGAGACCAAGGUUAAAAAACGUGGACCGCAGCAGCGCUCAGCAUCUGGAGGUAACAGUCGGUGACCUAACGGUAAUAAUCACAGACUUUAAGGAGAAAGCCAAACCUACAUCUACUUCGGCGAGCGCCGCAGCCACUGACCUGCACAGUCAAAGCGGCUCGAGCUCUGACAACACUGAGCGAGGAGCGUCGCGGUGCUCCUCGCCACGGGGGGAGGGAUCGUCAGUCAGCGGAGACGCUCACUAAUCCUCAGAUGUCCCAACACGGCAAAAGCCAUUCUAAUGCACUCAACCAGAAAUUGACACGCAUGUUCUGUUAAUACGAUACCUGGCGUUAUAUUAGCAUUUGCUUCCAUGUUUGGGUGCUUUGCUGAUACUUCUGGUGUCAAUGUGAACAGCCAAAUCUAACAUGAUAAACUGAGCGAAUGAACAUUAUGCAGCAUACAUGACUGCAAUGUGACAUCAUCACACUGUCGGUGGUGUCUGCGGAAAACAAGUGAUGCAUUAAGGAAGCAAUGUGAAGUUCAUUUCAUAUUGUCGUUUACGCUAGAAAUUGUUAUUUGCACUUGAAUGAAAUCUUACUUUCAUGACGACAUUAUUUUGUGUGUGUCCCCCUUUCUUUGUCAUUACUAGUCAAUCGUAAGACUUUUUGCUUCUGGCCUUAUCUGCGCUCAUGUCUUUGGAUGCAAUAUGUGUUUUCCUGUCUUAGCAUUUUAGUAAAAAAUAUUGAAAAGUCUACUUUUUCACUCUAGAUAUGAGCAUGAUUUAAUCUGCGGAAUGGUUUAUAUUGUAAAAUACUGAAAUAAAAUAAUCGUAGAUUUUUGUACUGUAUAUGAGUUUUCUUUAAUGUAACUAAGAAAAGACAUGUCUCGGCGUGGUAGCACUAUGUUGAUUAUUGUGGUUAUGUGCAGUUUCAUGAGUGGUGCUUCUAAUAUUUUGUUUCAAUCUAUUUGGAAUUAAUCUCAAAUUCGUACACAUUCUAUACCAUUUAUUCUCAUUAGGGCCACAGGUGGACUUUGAGCAAGAGGUGUGGCACAACCUAGACUAGCUGCCCUUCAAUAGGAGGCCACAUAUAGAAAUUGUUUUUAUGGAAUGAAGCUGGAGUACCUAGAGAGAGUGAGAGAGAGAAACAAAAACACUCAAGCACAGGGAGAAGAUUCAAACUCUUCACAACUGAGAGGCAGAUGUGUUAACCACUAGUGUUUCCUCAUCUCAAUCGGUGUAAUUCAUUGGAUUUAUACACCACAGCAAACUACAAUCACAAAAGUUAAUAAUACGUCUAUAAGAGGCACAUUACAAGCAUUAUGCAUUAUUAUGGUAACUUUCUGGCAAGUACAUUUAACUGUAUUGAUUGGCAGUUGUGUGAGGGUAAGUCUACUUAAAUCAACAUUGCAAUAUAGUACCUACUUGCUUACCUAUAGUACUAUUU